UUCCUUGAGCCUGUAGACCCUGUGUCUAUGAAUGCAUAUGACUACUUUGAGGUCGUGAAGAGGCCGAUGGAUCUAGGGACGGUAGACAAGAAGCUGGAGAACAAUCAAUACUCUACUUGCGCGUACUUGCUGUACGACGUGUUGAGCACCUUCAAGAACGCGUGCUUGUACAACCCCCCUGAGAAUAAGGUCCAUCAGCUGGCUCAGGACAUG